AUGGCUUCCUCCCUCAUUAUCGGGCUCCCUAAAAUUUAUGCCAAUCGGGGUUGUAAGUGUGUGCCUCCGACCAAUGACUUCCUGCUUGGCACCUGGCAUGUCACACACUCCAGUCUGCCGCUCUGGAAGGGCAAGUGCAAUGUCAACAUCACUUAUCAGUUGCUUCCGCCGGAUUCCUCCGGCAUGGUCAGGAUUGACGACCUGGUCCGAUAUCAGGUCAUCGGGUCAGAGAAGAUCAAGUCGGUUCAUGGCGUGGACACCCCAACUCCGGGGAACCAAGGGGCCUGGGACUGGCGCGGCAGGGGUUGGCUGAUGGUCGCGAGCUCGCACUGGGAAUGCCUGGGCUUUGGCCAGACACUGGAAGAAGACAAUCAAUGGAUGGUCACCUAUUUUGCCAAAACUAUCUUUACCCCAGCCGGCAUUGACAUCUACUCUCGCGAUAAGAGAGGGCUAUCCUCCACCAUGAUCGACGAAAUUCUUCGAAGCCUCCAAAGUUUUGGUGUUGAGGAGAUCACCGAGCUCGCCAGUAUUAUCUUCCCAAUUCCGCAGAUGUAG